UAACGCUUGUUAGUUCAGUGGAAACUACUUGACAAAAUGGCAGGCGUUCUGUUUGAGGAUAUUUUUAACGUUAAAGAUAUUGAUCCAGAAGGAAAAAAAUUCGAUAGGGUAAUUCGAUUGCAUUGUGAGUCCGAGUCCUUUAAGAUGGAUCUCAUCUUAGAUAUCAACAGCUGGCUUUAUCCUUUAGAAUUAGGUGAUAAAUUUCGCUUAGUGCUUGCAACAACAUUACGUGAGGACGGAUACCCCGAUGGCGGCGAUUGGAACGCUGCUGAAAUGGAGGGUGGUUCUAGGGCGAAUUCUUUCGAAUAUGUGAUGUCUGGUAAAGUCUACCGAAUAGAGGGAGACGAGGCCAACAACGAACCUAGCAGCCGAUUAUCGGCCUAUGUAUCAUUCGGUGGACUGCUGAUGCGGCUGCAAGGUGACGCCAAUAAUCUUCACGGCUUUGAAAUCGACCAGCACAUGUAUCUUUUAAUGAAAAAACUCGCCUUCUAGGAGUUUCGGAAAAUUCAACAUAGCAGUGCACAAAUGGCCUCUCGAAAAUCAUUCGACACCUUUCAAGACGUUUUCUUUUCUCUUUUCUCCUUCCCAAUCAACUUCAUUAUUCCUUUUAUAACUCUCUUAUUUAUUGAACAGAUGAGAUAUCAACAUUUUUCUAAUAAUAAAAUAAAACAACAGAAUGCUUAUAAGAUACAGGUCAGAGUUCCUAAAGAAGGAAUAAGAAUUUAAAAACAAGAUAAAUAUAAAAGAUAAGGAUGAAUGAGAAACUCACGUUUUCAUUGAGUAACGAAUUUAAGUAUAAUUAUUGCGUAAUUAUUAAUUUAUAUAAUUUUGUAUUAUUGGAAUAAUAGAAUAUCCACCACCGAGUAUUUACCAAUCAUUUUUAACUUCCAUUUAUUCAAAACAGAAAAAAAUAUUUACAGAUAAACGAUUUACUUUGCGAAUUUGUGUUAAUUUCAUAUUU